CCUGAGAGUGGUUUCUCCAUCUCUCGUCUCGUGUGUGGGGCUUUCUUUCUCUCUGAGCCUCUUCUGCUACCAAUCUCCAUUUGUCCAAUUCCAACCAGUCAGUUGCAGUGACUAAGUGAAGUGAAGAAGCUAAGCCAUGGCGUUUGCUCCGACUAUAGACAAUGUCUUCUCUUCUUCGUUUAAGCUGAAAACGAACUUGCCAAUCACAACGACGGCAACUCCUAAUGUCGCCACCAGAUGCAGAUCUUCCUUCCUUCUUUCUUCGCCUUUUCUCCCUAAUCCUAAUCGCAUGCCCUCAAAAGUUUCUCGAAGCUCAUCAUCUUCAUCAACUGUGGUCGUCAAGGCAUCUUCCUCUGCUGCUGCAGUGGCGGAGUCUGGAAGCAUCAAGAUUGCGUCAGUGCCUACUAAACCGAUCGAGGGACAGAAGACUGGAACAAGUGGUCUGCGGAAGAAGGUUAAAGUGUUUAUGCAAGAUAAUUAGCUUGCAAAUUGGAUCCAGGCUCUGUUUAAUUCUUUGUCACCUGAGGAUUUCAAGAAUGGUUUGCUGGUUUUGGGAGGUGAUGGGCGUUACUUCAACCGUGAAGCUGCGCAGGAAAUUAUCAAAAUCGCAGCAGGAAAUGGUGUAGGUAAAAUUCUAGUCGGCAGGGAUGGGAUUAUGUCAACACCAGCAGUUUCUGCUGUAAUUCGGAAGCAAAAGGCAAAUGGUGGUUUUAUAAUGAGUGCGAGCCACAAUCCAGGUGGCCCCGAAUAUGAUUGGGGUAUCAAGUUCAAUUAUAGCAGUGGACAACCCGCUCCUGAGUCCAUAACUGACAAGAUAUAUGGAAACACUCGUUCUAUUUCUGAAAUUAAGAUGGCAGAAAUUCCAGAUGUUGAUCUGUCCUGUCUAGGAGUAACAGAAUAUGGCAAAUUCAGUGUGGAAGUUAUAGACCCUGUGUCUGACUAUUUGGAGCUAUUGGAGAGUGUAUUUGAUUUCGACCUUAUUAGAAGUCUUCUCUCUCGAUCAGAUUUCAGGUUUAUAUUUGAUGCCAUGCAUGCAGUAACUGGUGCCUAUGCAAAACCUAUAUUUAUUGAUAGGCUUGGAUCCGAUCUGGAUUCAAUUGCUAAUGGAGUGCCGCUAGAAGACUUUGGCCAUGGUCAUCCUGACCCUAAUCUUACGUACGCCAAGGAUUUGGUUGACAUCAUGUUCACAGACAAUGGACCUGAUUUUGGAGCUGCAAGUGAUGGAGAUGGUGAUAGAAACAUGAUUCUUGGUAGAGGAUUUUUUGUCACUCCUUCGGACUCUGUAGCAAUUAUUGCAGCCAAUGCACAGGCAGCAAUCCCUUAUUUCCAGAGUGGCCCUAAGGGUUUAGCCCGGUCUAUGCCAACCAGUGGUGCUCUUGAUCAUGUUGCCAAGAAACUGAAUCUCCCUUUCUUUCAGGUCCCUACUGGUUGGAAAUUCUUUGGGAACUUAAUGGAUGCUGGGAAGUUGUCGAUCUGUGGGGAAGAAAGUUUUGGAACAGGUUCUGACCACAUCCGUGAGAAGGACGGUAUAUGGGCUGUGUUAGCUUGGCUUUCAAUAAUUGCAUACCGCAACAAGGACAAGAAGGUUGGAGAGAAGCUGGUUUCUGUUUCUGAUGUUGUUAAGGAGCACUGGGCAACGUAUGGAAGAAAUUUCUUUUCUAGAUAUGACUAUGAGGAAUGUGAAUCUGAGGGAGCCAAUAAGAUGAUUGAGUACCUCAGAGAUACAAUCUCCAAAAGCAAGGCAGGUGAAAAGUAUGGAAGUUAUGCCCUUCAAUUUGCCGAUGACUUUAACUACACCGAUCCUGUAGAUGGAAGUGUAGCAUCCAAGCAAGGUGUUCGGUUUGUUUUCACGGAUGGAUCGAGGAUCAUAUUUCGUUUAUCAGGGACUGGUUCGGCAGGUGCAACUGUCCGGAUUUAUGUUGAACAGUUUGAGCCAGAUGUCAAACAUGACAUGGAUGCUCAGACAGCAUUGAAACCACUGAUAGAUUUGGCAUUGUCGGUUUCGAAGCUGAAGGAAUUCACAGGAAGGGAGAAGCCUACAGUCAUCACAUAAAUCCUUGCCUGCUACCAUUGCACUCAAGAAGUGCUGUUAAUAUGUGGGUGAAAGGCAAGUGAGGCAUUCCAUAUUUUUGUGUUCAUUUGCCAUAUUCUUUACUUCAAUUUUCAGUGGCAGCAUGACACACCUGGGUCUGCCAGGUAAUAUGCCUUGACCCAUGUAUUGAAAGUAAAGAGGCGGGAGGGGUGGGGGUGGGGUGGAGAGAAAUGAAAGAAACUGAAAAUUUAUCUGUCAAAUAAGUUAAUAUCUGUUUCUCUCUGGAAAGUUGAGACAAUACAUUAUUACUAUGUCAGGUAGGUUCAGAACCAAAGAUGGGAUUGUGGUUACUUAUUGAUAAAAAGAACGGAUUCUGCAAAA